AUGGCCAGGCAUACAUAUGUAAUUAAUGUCCCUAGUUGUUGCGCGUGCACUGGCGCAGCUGGUGGCAGCGCAGCCAAGUCCGGCCUGCCUCUGAUCUGCUUGGUGCCACGCGACGACUCGCGCCCAGAGACAUCUACGAGACCCCGGCCAGCAUCCGCCGCCGCGGCCGACACAGGCUUCCAACUCCUCGAUGAGGACUACAUAAAAAAACAUUUCAAGCUGCCCCAACGGGCAUUAUACUUGGAUCCCUUCAGACGGCCUUUAAUUACGUUUCCUAUGACUCAAGAAGACGUCAAACAUUUCAACUUGGCGAGAAAGUACAAAAUCAACCAGCAGAUACUUGAUGGGUUUCUGGAUCCCAGCGAGGCUAUUUCUGCGCCUAGUGUCUUUCCAUAUGCGAAAACGGAAACUGAUAAGAAGAAAGACUCUGAAGAAGAGGAGGAAAUCAUCUACAUACUACAACUUCCGGAUUGGGAAUUCAAAUGCCCAGUCCAUAACCAGACCAUAAAGACGCCUAGGUUUAUUUGGCAUUCGUGUAAGAAGACACCAAAAGGAAAAUCAGCAGAACUAAAACGGGGAGGCGGACCACUCAAUAAACCUAAGCCGUGGCUUCUGAGUAGACAUACUGACUUCGAUCUUUUAUCUCAAUGGUAAAUUUCAUGAAAAUCAAAUUUUACGUGGCAU